CAAAGACUCCUUCAUGACACUUCUUUUCAGCAAUCACCUGAAUGAAAUGAAAGUGAUUCAAAUAAAUACUGUGUGCUCCACAGACCAUCACAUAUUCCACACGGCAUUAAGAGCUGCUGACCUUUUCUGUGGUAAAGUUCAUUGCAAGGAAAAUGAAGGCACUUUUUGUGGUUCUCUUUCUGCCCAUCAUUAAUUCCCAGGUACCCCACUGGGGCCCAUGCCCCGAGCCUGCUACCCAACCUGCUUUUGACCUAAAGAAGUUUAUGGGGAGAUGGUUUGAGAUAGCCAAACUUCCAGCACAAUUUGAGAAAGGGAGAUGCAUUGAGACUAACUUUACUCUCAAGUUGGAUGGAAAUGCCCAUGUGGUGAGCUCUGAAAUUCUAAAAGGUGAGCUUAGAAAAAUUGAAGGAACAGCUGUGGUGGAAGAUAAGAAAAAUCCAGCAAAGCUUGGAAUCAGUUUCUCUUACGUUUUGCCCUACACUCCAUACUGGAUUCUGUCCACUGACUAUGAAAAUUCAGCACUGAUCUAUUCAUGCACUGAUGUCUUGAGACUGUUUCAUGUCGACUUUGCUUGGAUUCUGGGCCGCACCCGAUCCCUGCCUGCUGCCACCAUUGACCAUGGAAGAGAGGUUUUUACCAAUAAUAACAUCGAUGUGAGUCGGAUGAUCUUAAGCAGACAGCAGGGCUGUGACAAAGGCCUAUGAAUGACAGCAUAAGAGGAAAAUCUUCCGUUCAGAGUUGAGAUGCUUUGGGUUGAAAUCCAGUAUGGAUUUUGUCUUCCUAAAUUGGGCAUGGACUCAUGGAUUUAUUCAAUUUUUAAGUCCAUCAUUUUUUGGGGGUUUUUUGUACAGAAUUGAAAGCACAAGUUUUCAACUGAUCAAAAUAAAUUACAGCACACUAACUAAAACCAUGUGAAUUUGUUUACCGAG